AUGUCGAACAAGGUGUUGAAGGUCCUUGGCGCACACAGCUUGCUGGAGAUGACAUCUGUCGGCUGGGCAUGUCUUGUCGACCUGCCAAUUCAGAUGUCGCUGACUCAGGAUUCAAGCAUACCUCAGUUAGAAGCACUUCUUGUUCAUGGAAGCUGUCCGACGGUAGAAGUGACUGCGCCAUUUGCAGUCUUCGUGUCGGCCCAGGCGGUGCAAUACCUCUCGCAGUUCGUCCGGAUGGGCGAGUCCGAACGCUGGAUGUUUCCAUUGAUGUGUUGUGAAAGGUCGAUGCUUGAUGGUUGUGUACGCUCUCGUGCAGAAUACCUUUUGAUCUACUUGGAUGAACUGGAACGCGAGAAGUUUGCCGCUUGCAGUAUCUGGGUCUUCAGCAAAGCGCUUCUGUGUAAGACCCCGGCUGAUAACGAAGUGAUUGUUCGCCUGAUGCGACGUUGCCACAGUGGUCACCAGUUCUUUGACCAAGAACGGGAAUCAGCGCUCUGGGUACUAGUCUCAUUAGGAGUGUAUGGCUGCAAGGAGGUUCGAGAUUUCGUGAUGGAGAGCAUGCCCCAGAUCUACGCAUCACUUCCAGCUUUGGAACGUGAGGGGCGGGCAGUUCCAGUCCUCAUGAGGCACCUUGUGCAUUCCCACCAAGCACUGCCACGAUGCUUGCGAGAACAGUGGGUGAAUUCCCUGGUAGACUGCGUUCUCAAAGCCUCCAGUACCAGAGAGCACGAUCGUUAUUACUUCGACUUCUACAUCCACAAACUCGAGCUGUUGGUCAGCGAUGUUAGUUUUCCGGCACGCUAUCAGUUUAGCGCCAUCGCGAAGUUGGACACGCUGAACACACCUGCGGUCUGUCGAUUUCGGAGAUUUUACGGACACUCAUGA